GAUGAUCUGUCUCAAAGUAAACUGCCACAACAUGGUGACCGUUUUAACAAAUAUGUAAAAAGCAUUUUUUUUUUUUAAAUAAAAAACACAGUUGCAGCUUUAAUAACAUGCAUAUCUGAUCCCAGGUGUUGGGAUGGCCUUCGGUGGAAACAUGAUUUGGUUCGUCUUCAUCUUUGUCCCCUUGAUGCUGACCGUUCCUCCUGUCAGGAGCCAACAGACCAGACUCAACACUCUUACGUUUAAAUAUUAUUCUGUUUGGGCAACUUGGCAACAGGCUCAGUCUGCCUGUCGAGAGCAACACAGCGACCUGACCACCAUCAGAAAUAGAACAGAAUUGCAAGCUUAUUCCGGCGGCCAAGGCUGGAUCGGAUUGUACCGUAAGAGCGAUGACGGUCCAUGGAAAUGGUCCAGUGGAGAGGAUAUCGCAACCUUCUUCAACUGGGAAACUGAUAAUCCAAAAAGCGGCGAGCACUGUGUGUAUCAGUUCCAAGGCAAAUGGACGAGUGACAGAUGUGACGUUAAACAUACUUACAUGUGUUAUGACGAGGACCUGGUUCUGGUGAAGGAGAAUAAGACGUGGGAGGAGGCGUUGGAGCACUGCAGGUCUCUGAAAGAAGGGAACAGAUAUGACCUGGCAACCCUGAUCACCCCCGUCGACCACAACUACGCACGAGAGAGAGCCAAACAGGCUACCACUGAGGAGGUGUGGACGGGUCUGCGUUACCUGGGCGAUGAGUGGGUCUGGAGUGCUGGAGAACCGGUGCGGUACCCGGACACCCCAGGCUGCCCAGGUAGAAGGUGUGGCGUCCUGGAGAAGAACAGCGACUCCCUGUUUGGGGUCAGAGACUGCGGCCAGAGGAAGAACUUCUUCUGCUAUAAGGAACCUGAUGGCGGCUGAAAGCCUCCGAGGUUCUUCACACAGAACUUCCUGCUGUCUGCAACAACACGGAACAUUUAGAAACGUUUAGUACACACACUGAAAUUAUACACAGGUUUAGGAAAAGAUGUAUAUACAAUAUACUUGAGUUCUAGGUAGAAUAUCGACAGGCCAAGAGGGGAUUUUCCUUAUGUUACAUGAAAAUAUUUGUAAAGUUUUGACUAAAUGAUUGCUCUGACUGAGUGAGUUGUUCUUUUAACUGUUGUCUAUGCAGGGGUCUGUUUGCUUGGUGGUUGCAACAUUAUAAAUUUCAAAUAAUCUUAAAUGAGGAGCUAGAAGUAGCUUUGCAACAGACCAUAAAAUGAAGUCAAUGUCUAUCCAACUAAUCCAUCAAAUUAAUGUUAGUGGACGUUUCCUGGAGAAUUACAGAACAAUACAGCCACAUAGUAACAGAUGGUAAUAAUGCCAAUAAGGAUGUUCUGCUAAUUAAAUGUGUCCAAAUUUAUUUGCAUGGUGACACUGAAAGCCAGUCAAACAAGGUGAAGUUUGAUGUAAACAGCUUUUAACAGAUACAUUUGACUGGUGAAUACAGAACUAUUUUUAGAAAAAAUGUGUUAAAUGGUAGGUUCAUCAUAUGUUCUGUCCUGUUUUGAUGUUGAAGUCAAAUUGAAUUUCUUCCAGUUUUCAGUUUACUUUUACAUUUCAUGUUAGUAAAUUAUUUCUGAUUACCUACAAAUAAUUUCUUUUGUUUCUUUUUCAUUAAUCUUACGUCAGUUUCAUGUGUCUAAUCCCUUGUCGUU